GAAAAAACUCUUCUUCUUUUUACGGACCAAAUUCCCAAACAGCGGAAGCAUAGAAGAUUCAAGACGAAGACGAAGUCUACGAGGUGGGAGUCAUGAGUAAUGAUUAGUAGACUAAAUAAUUAGAAUGGGGUUGUUAAGGAUAAGAUCAUCCUAUCAACCGCAUCUCCUCAAUUAUCCAUUUGGGUCGGCCGGCCAUUUCCUGGAGAGGGGCAGAAGGUCAACCCUUGCACUGCGGACACCCACCACCGUCGCCGUCGCAGUCGCAAACAGGAAAAGCAGCUACCUCUCGCUAUCUACACUUGCCUCUUCCUCCUCCAGAGCCGCUGUUAGAGCACUUGCCACUGCAGGAGCAGACAUGGUCAAGGCCAUCAGGGUUCAUGAACUCGGUGGACCUGAGGUUCUGAAGUGGGAGGAUGUGGAAAUAGGAGAGCCAAAGGAGGGUGAGAUCCGUGUGAGAAACAAGGCCAUUGGUCUUAAUUUCAUUGAUGUCUACUUUAGAAAAGGAGUUUAUAAGGCUGCCACGAUGCCCUUCACUCCAGGCAUGGAGGCUGUUGGAGUGGUGACAGCUGUGGGCCCUGGACUAACUGGUAGGAAUGUUGGAGAUCUUGUGGCCUAUGCUGGCAGCCCCAUGGGCGCAUAUGCUGAGGAGCAGAUCCUUCCUGCAAACAGAGUGGUGCCUGUUCCUUCCUCUAUUGAUCCCAUUGUAGCAGCAUCUGUCAUCCUUAAGGGUAUGACGGCUCAGUUCUUGGUUUGUCGUUGCUUCAAGGUUGAACCAGGACACACAGUUCUCGUACAUGCAGCAGCCGGUGGAGUAGGGUCACUAUUAUGCCAGUGGGCAAAUGCCCUUGGUGCCACUGUCAUUGGAACUGUGUCAUCCAAAGAGAAGGCAGACCAAGCCAGGGACGAUGGAUGUCAGCAUGUGAUAAUCUACACACAGGAUGAUUUCGUCUCCCGUGUCAAUGAGAUAACUUCUGGCAAUGGGGUCGAUGUUGUCUAUGAUUCUGUGGGAAAAGACACUUUCCAGGGAUCAUUGACAUGCUUAAAGAUUCGUGGAUACAUGGUAAAUUUUGGGCAAUCAUCAGGAGUUCCCGACCCAGUUCCAUUGUCUGCACUUGCAGCAAAAUCCCUGUUCUUGACGAGGCCUUCGCUGCUGCAGUACACUAUAGAGCGGGAUGAGCUGCUGGAAGCUGCUGGAGAGCUGUUUGCAAAUGUUGCAUCUGGUGUCCUACGGGUCCGUGUAAAUCAUACAUACCCUUUGUCUCAGGCGGCACAGGCACAUACAGACCUGGAGAGUAGAAAAACUUCUGGGUCUGUGGUACUGAUACCAAAUGGCACUGAGCAAUGAGUCCUGAAUCCCUCCUGCUCUUGUUCUCUCCCUUUUUAAGGGAACCAUGUGGUUUGGUAUGUGCAAUGGAUGUGCCAUGCAAAUACAUGUUGGAUUAAUAUGUGAGCUGGAUGACCUAUCUUUUUAUUUUAUAAAAAAGAAUUAUUAUCAGCA